AUGAUUUACGAACCUUCAUCGGCGUUGGCCCCAAUCCGAUCCCCAUCGCUGCACGAAUGGGUAUUCGGGUCCGCAUCUGACCCCAUCCCUCACAAGGUAGCAUUCCUCGAUGCCACACGCCCUGAUACCCAUUACCUGACACUGGCAUCGUGGAGGCAAUGGUCAAAACGUGUAGCUGCUGGUCUGCAAAGGGCUGGCCUGCAACCGGGUGACCGAGUGCUGGUUUACUCCGGCAAUGCGCUCUUCUAUCCCGUUAUAUUCAUGGGCAUCAUCAUGGCUGGCGGUAUAUUCACUGGAUCGAACCCGACAUAUGUGGCCCGCGAGCUGGCGCAUCAAUUGAAGGAUUCGCAGCCUAGGUUCAUGGUGUCCUCCGGGGCGAGUCUGGAGGUGGCACUGGACGCCGCCGGAACUGCGGGGUUCAGCAAGGACAACAUUUUCAUAUUUGACGACGAAAUUUACCAGGGAGGAGGGGCAUCUCGUCUCGGCGUGAAAUAUUGGGAGGCGCUCGUAGCGAGCAACUUGGAGGGUGCCCAGUUCCAGUGGGCGCAUCUGAAGGACCCAAAGAAUACGACCUGCGUCAUCAACUACUCUUCCGGCACGACUGGGGUUGCGAAGGGCGUCGAGAUCACACAUUAUAACUACAUGGCCACCAGCACCCAGAUGAUCAACCUCAUGAAGGAAGAUCCUGACUACGAGAAGAACUUAAAGGUUGCGAGAGGCCUAUGCGUGCUACCUCUCUACCACGCAUUUGGACAAGUGACGUACAGCUCUAUUGGGCCCAAGCGCGGAAUCCCAAUCUACAUCAUGCCCAAAUUCGACUUCCUCGAUUUCCUGGGACACAUCUCAACCCACUGUGUCACCGAGCUCGUGAUCGUGCCGCCCAUCGUCACUGCUCUCGCCAAGCACCCCGCAGCUAAGAAAGCCGACCUUAGCAGCGUCAACUACGUCUUCUGCGGCGGUGCGCCACUAAGCUCCUCUCUCGCCCGCGAGGCUGAGACCCUAUGGGGUGGCAAUCUAAACAUUAAGGUUACGGCAUGA